UUGUCACUAUUAAGUAAGUGCUACCGCCUAGUAGGUAUCACCGAAAUUAUUCCACGCUUCGAGCCUGAACUUCUUCCUUGCCAACAUUGGACAAGGUAUAUCCAAGCGAAGUGUGGUAGAAUUUUAGUGGGAAACCGCUAGGAGUGCUAGGAGAUGUCCGUGUGACGACUCGGACGACGUAAAUGUGAUUAUUGUUUGUAAUAAUUAAUUCAACACACCCAAAAUAUUUAACAUUUUGCUGCUUUUAAACGCAUACAAUAAACGUCAACGAUGGCAGAGGUUUCAUUUCCGAAAUCCGUAAACGAUUACGAUUGUAGAAAUGAACCAAGUAAUUAUACAAUGGAGAUUAGACACAUGAUGCAUGGCUUUGGAGACUGCUCGGAACCUCUCAUAGAGUCUGCCAAAAUAAUCGAAGACGUCGUUUUGCGUCAAAUGCGAAUUAUUGUUAACAGAGCAUGUGAAAUCGCGGAUAAACGUGGCAGUAACGUAGUUAAUGCAGAAGACUUCCUCUUCCUUUUGCGGAAGGAUAAGGUGAAGCUGCAACGACUUUUAAAGUAUUUAAGGUUGAAAGAAUUUAAAUCUUCAGUGAGUAAGUUAAUGCCAUCCGAGUCGUCUGAUGAUAUACCAGACUUUGAUCGAGUAGAUAGUCAGUUACACAAGCGCCCAUAUGAUGGCUUCCUUAAUCUCAUUGACACAACUGGCGAAUUAUUGGAAAAUAGUUCUGUAAUAGAUCAUGUUAAACACAACAGACACCUUCGUGCAGAAAUGAUGUCUAGAAAAAUGGACGAAGCUCGUUAUAUUGAAUUUAGCAAGGCACGGAGUAUAUCUUUUGCAAAUAAAAAUAGACACAAAUUCAGUGAUUGGAUUUGUCCAGAUGGUGACAUCGUAAUAUCCAAACAAGGGUAUAGUAUUUUAGGAUAUUUUGCAUAUGAAACUGUAGCACAGAUUAUUGACCUUACGUUAUUAGUACGACAAGAUCAAUUUAAAAUACACGGUGAUUCCAUUGACAGGCUUAGGCUUAGUUUUUUCAACCCAUACACAUACAAGCCCUAUCAACAUAGUAAGGGUAACGUGACAAAACCUAUUACUCCAUCUGAAUUGAACGAAGCUCUCAGGCGCUAUUGGUCUCCUCAACUUGAUAUGGCUGCACCUUUUCAUCGUUGGUCAAUGCGUAACCAACACAUAAAACUUUUUUCUUGUUGAAUUUCGAAGACAGGAUUAAGUUGCUUACGCAUUGCUCUGUAUUCAGUCGAAUAAUGACGUCAAAUCAGUAUAAUCUCGAAAUCAUUUGAUAAUAAACCUUACAGUGAUUCAAACAUUUUUUUUUUACAGUUGCACAUUAUCUACAAGUCAAUGCUAGUUCGAUUGAUCUCCGUUCAGUAUUAAGAAAACCAAUGAAACGGGUUUUCCUAAAAUGUACCUUGAAAAAUAGUACAAUUUGU